CCCCCCUGUUUUCAUCUCCCCUGUCCAGUCAGUCUGCCUCCAGAUGAGGAGCGUAUUGGCAGCUGCAUCAUUCCAGCCUGCUGAGUUAUCGGGAUUUGUUUUCUACUUUUCCUGCAUGUCACUGAAGCGUUGCCUGCAGCAGCCUUGUGUGUGUGCCACCCCUAAUUGUUAUUGACUUACUGUACUUUAAUUUUUUUUUUUUUUCAUAUUUGACCCCACCUCCUAGAGUGAGGGAAUUCUGGGCAGGAUGUUCUCCUCUUCAUCCAGAAACUCCCUGUUGUCCCCGUGGUCGUCCAUGGAGCAGACGGACUCUGACGUGUUGGACAUCAGCACCAAAGUGCAGCUGCACGGCGUCCUGUGGAAGAGACCCUUCGGACGGCCGUCGGCCAAGUGGUCCCGCAGAUUCUUCGUCAUCAAAGACAGCUUCUUGCUCUACUAUGCAGAGAGUGAGAAGAAAAGCUUCGAGUCCAACAGGUACUUCAACAUCCACCCGAAGGGCGUCAUCCCUCUGGGAGGGUGUGUGGUGUCGGCCAACGAGGACAUGGGGAUGCCCUUUGCCAUCGUGGUCAACCUGGAAGAUUUCACAGGAACCAUUGUCCUUGCUGCUGAGACGGGGGAGGAGCAGGUUCAGUGGAUGGAGAUGCUCCAGGAUUCAGGAAAAGUAACCUGGAAAAAUGCUCAGCUCGGGGAAGCAAUGAUUGAGAGUCUGGAGGCUCAGGGACUGCAGCUGGCCAAGGAGAAACAGGAAUACCUGGAUAAACUGAUGGAAGAGACGGAGGAGCUGAGUCAUCAGAGAGCACAGCGGGAGGAGCUGGAGCGUCUGAACCAGGUUCUGGAGGAGGAGAAAAGGAAGUUUGAGGAGGUGGUCCUGGAGCUGAAGGCGGAGCAGGAGCAGAUCAAACUAGACAUGGACAGCACCGCUCUGUCACUGAAAAGUGUUGCGCGCGAAAAGGAGGAGCUGAGCUGCUUAACGGUCAAUCUGCAGACAUCCAUCGAGGAGCUCUGCCAAGCUAAACAGAGAAGGCUUCUACUACUGGGGGAGAAAGGACAAAAGAAAAAGGAAGAGGACGUAGGCACAGACAGUUUGCAGCCGUCUUUGGAUGAAGAGGAGCUGGAAGACCCAGACCUGCUGCAGGACCUGCGACACAUCGAGGAGCAGAUGAAGAUUCUACUGAAGGAGAAAGAGCAGGCUGAAGAGAAGCUCCAGGAGAACGAGCAGCGGGCUAAAGGUCUGCAGCAGGAGAGGGAAUUCUACUCCACUCAGGCUCAGACGCUGCAGCAGUCACUCUCACAGCUCACUGUGGACAAGCAGCAGACCGAGGCCGAGCUCAAGGCGGAGAUAGAGUCUCGGGUGGAGCUGGAGCGGAGGCUGAAGCAGGCUGAGGAGGCAUUGCAGGAUCUGGAGAAAGGUCUGAACUCAGUGGAACGAACCAAAGAGAGAGAUGAGAAGAUGAAAGGGGAUGUGACACACCUGAGGAAGUUCUUUGAGGAGUGCAUCUGUGCAGCCGAGAUCGAGGCAAAGCUCCCAGCCAUAAUGAAGAAUGCUGUUUAUCUUCACAAAGCUGCCGCACGUAGGAUUAAGAGCUGCCGAGUCCAACGGAGAGCCUCCAGACACCACUGGUUGAAACACUCGAGGUCGUUUGCUAACGCUGACGCCGGCAGUGUGGAGGAACUGCGGGCAACGGCUCGACGGCUAACCUCUGACAGCAGCUUCAGAGAGAGCGUGUACAAGAUAAUCACAAGCAAGGAUGCCACGAACAAAUCACUGGACUGAAAACCGAGUUUAAGAAGAGAAAUGGUCUGUAGCUUUAACUCAGUCCUCAGUCUCGUAAACUUGUCAUUUAUAUCCCACACACACACACACACACACACACACACGCACGCACGCACGCACGCACGCACGCACGCACGCACGCACGCACGCACGCACGCACACACACACACACACACACACACACACACACACACACAUCUGUUUCUAUGACAAACUUGUUAGUUUUUAAGUUAAAGAGCUGAUCUGAACAUCUCUGUUAGGAGAAACUCUCAUAGGGGAGUCAAGCUAACGGCUGCAGAGAUCCCACUUAAGAGUGAAUCACCUUAUUUAUUCAUAAGCUACUGUAUUUGUUUACUCUGGUAAUUUUUCCCUCAACCAAACACUCCUUUUGCUACAGUAACUGCACGCAGUCAGCUUGACUCCAUAUUGAGAAUUUCCCAUGGGCUCACCACUUGUGGGAGGGGCCAAAGUGGUCGCGUGCAAUGUGUAAUGGGUGGUGGCUGAAGUUGGGCACCUUGGAGGUCUGAUCCUCGGCUACAAAAGCUAGCUCUCGGUACGUGUACUGUCACCUCUCUGGUGGGGAAGAAGCCUGAGUUGGUGUGAGAGGCUGAGAGGUUCUGACUAGAUAUAGUCGGACUCACCUUGACGCAUGGCUCUGGCUCUGGCUCCGAAGCCAAUUUCAUUGAGAGGGCUGGACAUACCACUCUGGGGUUUUCCCUACUGAGAGGUGCCAAGCAGGGGUGGGCAUGCUGGUUGCCCCCCCCAUCUUGGUGCCUGUAUGUGGGGUUUACCCCGGGUAGCCUCGCAGGGGAUGAGGGGUCCUGACUGUUUUCUGUGCUUAAACACGAAACUACGGUUCAGACUACCCACCCUUUUUGGAGUCCUCAGAGGAGGUGCUGGAGAGCUCUCCUUCUGGUGACUCCCUCGUUCUGCUGGAGGACUUAAAUGCACACUUGGGCAACGACCGUGAGACCUGGAUAGGUGUGGGUGCAGGAACGCCCCCUCCGAUCUGAAAUCAAGCUGUGUUUUAUUAGACAGCUGUGCUUGUCAUGGAUUGUCCACAAUGAACACCAUGUUCCGACAUAAAGGUGUCCAUAUGUGCUCUUGGCACCAGGAUACCUUAGGCCGCAGCUCGAUGAUCGCCUUUGCUGACCUGCGGCCGCAUGUCUUGGAUACUCGGGUGAAGAGAGCUGUCAACUGACCACUGCCUGGUGGUGAGUUGGCUUCGAUGGUGGGGGAGGAUGCUCAGGCCCAAACGUAUUGUGAGCAUCUGCUGGCAAUGUCUGACGGAGUCUCCUGUCAAAAGAAAUUUCAACUUCCACCUCGCACAGAGCUUCCAAAAUUUCCCGGGGGGAGGCGGGGAGCACUGAGUCCGAGUGGGCAGCUUCGAGAAGUUUCUGGUCCACCAUCUGGAGCCUCAGGAGAGGAAAAACAGUGUGCUACCAACACUGUUUAUAUUGGGGACUGUGUGCUGCUAACCUCUACUUGAGAUGGUUUGGAUCAAUGGACAGAGUACUUUGAAUACCACCUCAAUCCCACCGGCAGGUCUUCCAGUUAGGAAGCAGAGUCUGGGGAAUUUGGGUUCGUUUCUCCAAUAUCUGGUGCUGAGGUCACUGAGGUGGUCAAAAAUUCCUUAGUGGCAAGGCUCCAGGGGUGGAUGAGCACUGCCCAGAGUUCCUUACGGCUCUAGAUGUUGAAGGGGUUGUGGUGGCUGACGCGGCUCUGCAAUAUCGCGCGGGACAUUGGGGGCAGCCCCACUGGACUGGCAGACCAGGGUGGUAACCCCUAUUUAAAAAAGGGGGACAGCAGGGUGUGUUCCAGCUACAGGGGGAUCACUCCUCAGCCCCACACACCAUUACUGCACAUCUGCAGUUUAGAUUUACUAAACUUACAUUUUCUGACCUCUCCUUUUAUUUUGACCCACAUCACCUGGUUGGCUCCUUAGAUAAUUAGAAGGUUAUGGUGGAAA